UUUGUAAUUGGGAGGUGUGUUUUUUUUUGUUUUUGUUUGAAUCUUGUUGCGCGCACCGUCAGUUGGGUGACGGCGUUUCCGGCCGGAGGCAGGUAGGGUGAAGAGGCGCCAGAGCCCAGGCUGCAGGCACAGCGGGAGGAGGCAGAGCGCAGGGCGGCCGCUGAGUUUCUUUAACAGGUCGUUCAUUCUAUCAGUGUAAACAUGCCUAUUCGGCGGAAUGCUAGUCCCUCAGCACAGGAGAGUCCAGUGAGAAACAAGCCUACCACAGAUGCAGAUGUGACUUCUGAAGAAUCUGUCUCAGCGGAGGAGGAACCAGAAAAUGACACUUCAGCCCAAGAGGAGGAAAAGAAGGAAGCAGAAAAAAGUGGCGAUGAAGAAAAAGAAACAAAAUCUUCAGAGGAGCCUAAAAAAGAAGAAAAGGAACCAACCAAGGAUAAGAAGAUUAAAAAGACCAUUCCAUCAUGGGCUACCUUGUCUGCUAGUCAACUAGCUCGAGUGCAGAAAAAUUCUCAGAUGACUGCUACUGCACGACCAAAAAUGGACGCAAUUGUCAUGGAAGCUAUUAAGGCUUGUUUCCAGAAGUCUGGUGCUUCCGUUGUUGCCAUAAGAAAAUAUAUCAUUAACAAGUAUCCAUCACUGGAACUCGAACGCAGGGGAUAUAUACUAAAGCAAGCCUUAAAACGGGAGCUGCAACGUGGUGCUAUCAAACAGGUGAAGGGAAAAGGUGCCUCUGGAAGUUUUGUGGUUGUGUCAAAUGCAGGGAAACAAUCGCAUAAAUCCAAACAGGACAAAAAGAAAACCACUUCAUCUGGACCAAUGGAGCAGCCAAUAAAACUGGAGGAUGCUCUACCACUGGCAUUCACAAAGCUGUGUGAACCUAAAGAGGCAUCAUACAGUCUUAUCAAGAAGUAUCUUCUUCAAUAUUACCCCAAACUGAAUGCUGAAAGCAGGCCCUAUUUACUCAAACAGGCUUUGCAAAGAGCUGUGGAUAAGGGUCAGUUGGAGCAGAUCACUGGCAAGGGAGCAUCGGGCACAUUCCAGCUUAAAAAGGCUGGGGACAAGCCAUUGUUAAGUGGAGGUCCAUUUGAGGAUGCAAUUCUAAGUGCUAUAACUGCCAUGAAUGAACCAAAAACCUGUUCUACCACAGCUCUUAAAAAGUAUGUUUCAGAGAAAGUUCCUGCAACAAAUUCAAAUUUCCAGAUGCACAUGUUGAAGAGAACACUGCAGAAAUGUGAAAAAAAUGGAUGGAUUGAACAGAUUUCGGGCAAAGGAUUCAGUGGUUCCUUCCAGCUCUGUUUCCCAUUUUACCCCAGUCCAAAUGUCCUUUUCCCUGAAAAGCAGCAUCAGAAAGAAGACGAAUCUGAGGUAGAAGACGAAGAGGAAGAUGAGGAUGAGUUAUCGGAAUCAGAAGAAGAAUCUGAUGAAGACGAGCCACCUAAAAAAAGGCAGAAGCCAGUUCCACGAGCCAAGGCCAAGUUGCAGAAGCGCAAAGCUGCCAAACCGAAGAAAGCAGUUACUGCUAAGAAGAGCAUGCUGUCAAAGAAAGUACCUGCAAAAAAAACAGCUAAGAAGUCAAGGCCAUCAUCUGCAAAGUUGGCUAAAAAGCCAACAGCACCUCAAAAGCCUCGGCGUGGGUCUCCUAAAAAGUCUCCUGCAACCCCAAAGAAGAUGAAAGGACCUGCCAAGGCCACCACAAGGCAUUCACAGAGGCAGAGAAAGUAACAACAGCAAAGCUGGAAAGCUCUUCUACAGUGGUGCAUGUGUUUGUCAUUUGAAACACGCCACGUGACACAAUACUUUUCUGCAGCUAACCUAGAAAAAAGUAGAAACUUAUUUUUAGAUAAUUCCGUAGAAUGCUAUUUUAGAUAAGCUGUUGGACAUCAACUUGUUUCAAGAAUGUUUUUUAGUUUAAAGGGUUUUAACACUUUAUAUUUAAGUGUGUGACCUUUUAACAAAAUUGUAGGCAACACACUCAAUUUUUACCUUUUAUGUGGGGAGCAAACCAAAAUGCUAGUUGAAUUAAAUGGAAAUCAUGAUUAGAGAAUUCAUUAAUUGGAGUUUUCUUUUAAAUAAGGUAAUUGAUAUGUACAGAUGAUACGUACACUUUGGGGAGGCGAGGGGGAGAACCCUCCUGAGCUAAUGUGAAAGUUUAUUUGUGCCAUAGUAUAUUGAGCUUUGACAUUACUGCCUAGUCAUGAAAACUAAAUGAAAGAACUACAGAGUGAAAAUGGAAGCAUUUUGGUGUGUCUUUGCCCUUUUGAAGUCAGGUAUUACAAGUUCAUUAACUUUGUUCAAAAUCCUUGUAUGAUUUGUAUUGGAGAUUAGUCUUAAGAAAUUGGCCUGUACACACAGUAUGUGUAUUACUGAAUGUUGCUACUCUUUUACUUUUGAUAAUUGCAUUAGUGUCAGAUUUGUAAGUACAGUACUUGCAUGCAGCACCAUUUUGUUAAGCUUUUUUCUGUAAUCUUGUCUCACUUAGUAAAAAUACUGUACAUUG